AUGAGGCUCGCCUUAGGGCCAAUACCCCAGAUCUACAUGAUCAUAACUCAAUCCGACAACGAAGUGCUUCCGGACUUCAACAAGGAAGCUGCGCGAAAAGCAACGUCUGGACAGAUCCUGGCAGACUUUCCUGCGGAUCUCGAUACAUAUCUUAUCGAGGUCUUCUGGAAUCGCUAUAAUAACGCUUUGCGCAUCAUCGACCAGCAAGCCUUUAGUCGCGAUCGAGGAAAUGGAGACUCGACCUACUAUUCGCCAUUUCUUUAUCUCGUCUGCCUAGCUAUGGGUUUUCGAUUUGCUAACAAAAGCCGACAAGACAUGAGGCAAAUGACUCUUAACAACGGCUGCAGCCUUUUUCAACGUGAGGCUAAGUGCGUUUUAGACUACGAGCUGGAGUCGCCGCGAGGUCUAACUACUAUCCAAGCUAUAUUAGUCCUAAGCGAUGUUGAGUGCGCUUAUGGUAGAGACGACCUAGCCACGAUAUAUGUUGGUAUAUCUUGUCGCCUCGCCUUCGACUUCGGGCUUAACUUGGACUGUUCCGAGCUUGGUUUGUCCGAGGGGGACAUGAAGUUUCGGAACAAGCUUCUUCGUUCGUGUAUCAUCUACGACCGCGCUUGGGCGCUAUAUCUAGGACGGCCUACCUACAUAAAACUCUGCGACAUUUCGAGUUCCUGCCUGAAUAAGCCCAUUACUUCCGAAGCGUUGUCCUCAGAUGAGGAUAUCCAGGAACAGAUACUCGAUGCCUUAAUCGAUCUCUCGGAACUUUGCUCCAGGAUCCAAGAGGUGGCACAGCCUAGACUGAGUCCGGGCCCCAUUGCUGACGAGAACCGGUUGACCGACGUUGCUGCGCUAGAUACGGAGCUGAAGUCGUGGUAUUCGACGUUACCUUCUCGACUCAGGUGGACGCCUGACAAUGUCAAGAACGCGCGGCGCUUAUUCUUCAUAAUGCAUCAACAAUAUCUUGUCUCAGAGAUUAUCCUCCAUGGACCUUAUGGCCAUUAUGAGGAUUUAGUGGGAAUUGAGCUGGAUAAGUCCCAUGUGUUUAGGAGAAGGGGUACUGAAUGCAGCAACAUAAGCCUAUGGCGACGGCUUGCUCGGGCAAUCACCAUAAAUGCAGCUAUGAAAAUCGCCCAAGGGUUUGCGACCUACCGCAAAAGAUUUGGCGUAUGCGAGACUAGCUUCUUAUCACUACAACAAGGGGGAACCGCCUUCCUUGCGUUAAUGUGCAAUAUCAAAGCAAGCAGGACCGCGGAAGAACGCAGUUUGGUGCUACGACACUUAUACGUACUCAUGGGACAACUACAAGAGAUGUCUGAAAUCUUCAGCCCGGCGAGAGUGAUGUGCAGCGUCGUUAAACGUGAGAUGGGGGAGCUACAGAUCGAUUUUAGUGAAUUGCUGACGCCGCCGCAGAUACCUGAUUUGUUCGACUCUAGAUCACCAACGACUCGUGCGCAGAGAGCGAGCAGUAAGUUGUCGGACUCAGGUCCUGCAGUCAAACGACAUCGGUUGAACGCACAUUGUCAGAGCACAACAGCCCCUAGGGCUUGGCCUCCUAAUCCGGGCCCUAACCAGAGUCUUCUUUUCCGCGACAUGACGUUGGCCGAAGAACCUGCCCAUAUUAGCCUCAUGCCACCUGAAACAGUCUCGUUUGGAGUCGCUAAUGGCCCUUUGUCAGUGACGCUUCCAGUCGACAAUUUCGAGCCACCGGAUCACACGCCUCAUCUGUCCGAAUUGAAUGUUGCAACCUUCUCCUGGCCAAUGGAUUUCUCAGAUACAUCGGCUCUGUUUGAUGGUCAAAGUCAGGACCAUCCUACCAACGAUAACCAACUCCCCUGGCUCUCGGACAACCAUCUUUUUGAUGGUGUCGACCCUGGAUUGUGCUAA